AUGGAACUUCUUUGCUUCGAGGACAAAGUCGUGAGAGCCCAAAUUGACCCCAACAUUCUCUAUGACGACAGAGUUUGUGAAGAGGAGACUGAGCAUGUGAAAGAGGAGACUGAGCAGGUUUGUGAAGAAGAGACUGAGCAUGAUGCUGCUACUCCUGCUGCUACCGCUGCCCUUAACACAAGCCAGAGGUCCAACAGACCUGGUCAAGAUAAAACUGAAAUAUGUAUGUACUUCAUCAAGGGGAGUUGCAUACACGGUGAUAAGUGCUUUAAAGCCCACUCUACCAUGCCCUACCAAUGGGAGAUGAGGGAGGGACUAAACUGGACAGCUCUACAAGACAACGAGGUGAUUGAGAAGGACUAUUGCGACCCAGCAAAGACAUACAGUCGGGGAGUCCAGCCUGUGUGUUUCGAUACGAUGACCUGCGGUCUGAACAAAGCCCGACGUCUCUCCACCGUCUCCUCUGUGCUCCAGCCUACCUUCAUCCUCACCACAGAGUGGGCCUGGUUCUGGGAGGACGAGUUUGGAAACUGGAUCCAGUACGCAUCAGCAAGCGGUGGACACAGGGCAGCCACCAUCACCAGUGAAGACCUGGAGAAGAGGUUCCAGGAAGACAACAAGGCUGUGACGGAGUUCACCGCGGGGUCACAGACCUAUGAACUCAGUUUCCCAGACAUGAUUCAAACAAACAAGCAGUACAGCACCAAGAAGGUUGUGAGAAGACGGCCUGUGUUUGUCUCUUCAGCUGAUGCACAAACUAUCAAAACCAGCAAAAGGGCUCCGAGCAAUCACUCAAAUUUCAGAGCUUUACCAGGACACUGGGACAAGGCACAAACUCCUGAAACAGGAUGCAAGAGAGUCGACCUUCCGUGCUCGUCAGUGGAGUUUAAGGAGAUUCAAGGGCUUUUUCAGAACACCAUGAGAGGCUUCAGCAUCCGCCAAAUCGAGAGGAUUCAGAACAAAGCACUCUGGGAAGUCUUUCAGUGGCAAAGGGAUCUCAUGAAGAAGAACAACAGAGGGAGGAAUGUGACGGAGAAACAGCUUUUCCAUGGCACAGACUCCAAAUACCUCGAUGCCAUCUGCCUUAACAACUUUGACUGGCGGAUCUGUGGACUAAACGGAACAGCCUAUGGGAAAGGGAGUUACUUUGCCAGGGAUGCCAAAUACUCCAACAGCUACACUGGCCAAUCAAAUACGAAGUCCAUGUUUGUCUGUCGUGUGUUGGCGGGUGAUUACACCAAAGGGCACUCCAGCUACCUCCGGCCCCCCUCGAAGGACGGAGGGGACACCAUCUUCUACGACAGCUGUGUGGAUGACGUCAGCAACCCCUCCAUCUUUGUGGUGUUUGAGAAGCACCAGGUGUACCCAGAGUACCUCAUCCAUUAUGGUGAGGAUGACGCAUGGUCGCAAGCCUACCAGCCAUACUACCGUCCAGCUGCACCUGCACCUGCACCUAUACCAGCACCAGCAUACAGCCCAGCGGCUGCCCCAGCGCCUAGACCAGCACCAACAUACAGCCCAGCGGCUGCCUCAGCGCCUAGACCUGCACCAACACACAGACCAGCACCAACACCUGCACCUAAACCUGAGAACUCCUGUGUCAUUACUUGAGGCUGACUGUGAGCUGUGAACUGUGAACCCUUUGAUAUUAAACUGAGGCAAAAACUUAGGCUUUUGUGAAUUUGAGAAAUUGAUUUAGCACUCUGUUAAAUGUGUUUGACAAAUUAUAGCUAAUCUUGGCAUGCACCUUACUAUGAUUACUAGAUGUGCUAUUAUCCGUUUUCUACAAUGCAAGCAUUUUUGUAGUGCUAUUGACUUGACUUUAUAUAAUGGUAAAUUACAAUCUAUGUACACACCAGAAUGUAAAUGUAAAGUUAUGCACCAAUAAUGAAAUUAAACCAAGUGAUGAACAAUUGUAAUGAUGGGUUGGCAGACAUCACAUAAAUAAUGUGCCCGCAUUGAUGUGGCCGGAAGCCGUGCUUUGUUAUGAUUCUGAACAGUCAGAUAGCUGGAAACAAUGACAAGAAGCUGCCAUGUGGGGAAUUGUAGGUGGCUCG